AUGGCGUGUAACGUACUUCCCAAAAUUGACUUUUCGGUCCUUCCUAAAAAAGUUGUUGGUGUGAUACGAUGGGAUAUAAAUCUGUUCAAUUUGAUCACCGUAAAGUCUACCACUUUCUCUUUCUUUGAUCUGAGCUAUUCCUCUCAAGAGCUAUUUUCUUUCCUAAAACUAUAUAAAAGCCUCAUGAAUAUUGAAGAAGUAAUACGAUUAAAGAGAUCGUUAAACAAGGCGAUCGAUGACGAUAAAAUCCCUACAAUCCUUGAUAUAAUGAGACGUUUCAAUGAUGAAGUAGUUGCAACAAAGGAGUUGUUGAAAAAUACAGGUAUUGGAGUUUUCAUUGGAAAACAACGUUCACAUCAUAACGCUGAUGUUGCAAAACUCGCUAAAGACAUUGUCAAAAAGUGGAAAACCGUACUUAAUGGAGGCUUUGUCAAACCAAACCCUGUUAAUAAAAUUGUUCCAAAUCCGAAAAACGUGGAUAAGCAACGUGAUAAUUCUCGAGGAGAAAUAAAUUCUCCAAGCUCACUUAAGACUGAAAGUUCUCAGAAUUCUCAAAGUAAUUCAUCAUCAUCAUCACCGAAUAAUGUAAAAGCAAACAACGGUAAACAAUACGCAGGCGAUCGUACUUUUAGGAAAGAUAACAUGAAAGGUCCCACGGGAUAUGAUAUACGUGAUAAAUGUAUAGAAUUACUAUAUGAUUCCUUGGCAUUUGAUUCAACUGCUGAACAAAUAGUCCUCGAUCAAUUUAAAGGUGAACCAGAAAAACAAUAUCGUGAUAAAUUGCGUGGCUUGAUCUCUAAUCUCAAGGAUAAAAAGAAUCCAGGUCUUAGGAAGGGUAUCGUAUCUGGAGAAAUUCCCGUGGAAGAAUUUUGUGUUAUGUCUAAAGAGGAUAUGGCAUCCGAGGAAAAGAAAGCGAGAGAUCGUGAAAUUAAAGUUGCAAACCUUUUCAAGGCGAGAAGUGCAGGACAAACACAAGCAGAAACAAAUAUGUUUCGUUGUGGAAAGACUCGAAGUGCUGAUGAACCUAUGACGACAUUCGUGACUUGUACCAACUGCAACAAUCGAUGGAAGUUCUGUUAA